AUGUAAAUAUUAAAGAAACUCACCGAUUCGAAGUAAGCCAAAAUAGGAUUAGCAGUUGCAUUGGGUUUGAGUGGAAUUUUUUUUGGUUACCAUCGAUAUGAGAAGGUAAGGAAAUCAUAGUUAAUUGUUAACCCAAAAUCGUCAACUAUAAAUCCAUAAGGUUCUUAAAACGAGUUUGGAUAGAAUCGAUUUUUAACUUAAGCAGGAGCUCUCUUAAGAUGGGGUCAAUUAGAAGAGGGAAGUAUAUCUUAUAAGGUGGAUUUAUUAUUGAAGAAAGGUAUUGGUAUAUGAUGAUGUGUAGGUGAAUCAUAUAGUGGUUUGGUAACAUUAGAAUUUGUAGCUAAACAUAAUUUGAAUGAUUUGUAUGUUGAUUUUAGAGGAUAAAAAGUAGUGAGUUUGUAUGUAAAUGGACAGAAGAUUACAAAUUUGGAAUGGAAUGGAUUGUUUAUUAGAAUACCAAGAGAAUAAUUAACCACAGGUUAAAAGAAUAGAGUGAAUAUAUAAUUUGAUUAAAAUUAUGCUAAAGAUGGAUGUGGAUUACAUGGAUUUAUUGAUAAGGAUGGAAAACAAUAUUUAUAUAGUUAAUGUGAAUCUUAUUUCACAAAUAGAUUGUAUUAGAAAAUAAUUAAAUUAGUUUCCCAUGUAUGGAUUAACCAGACUUGAAAGCUAAAUUGAGAUUUACAGCAGUUUGUCCAAAAGAAUGGGUAGUAAUUUCAAAUGAAAAUGCUGACUAAAAUGGAUUGUAUAAUGAGGCAUAGGCAUUUAAUACAAUAAAACCUUAUUAACCUGAAGAAUUUGUUUUAAGUUAGCUUCAAAAUCUAGAGAAUCCAGAUUAAUAUAAUUUUUGGGUGUUUGGUGAAACAAAAGUGUUACCCACAUAUUUGUUUGCAAUGGUAGCAGGUGAAUAUUGGUAAGUAAAAUUUUAAGGAGAAUAAGAUGAUGUUCCAUAGACUAUAUAUUGUAGAGAAAGUUUAAAAGAUCAUAUGAUGGUUUUAAAAGAUUUCAUAUUUGAAGUAACUAAAAAGAGUAUGAAAUUUUAUGAGAAUUUCUUUGGAGUUAAAUAUUAAUUCAAUAAAUAUGAUUCUGUAUUUGUAAAUGAAUAUAAUUGGGGUGCAAUGGAGAAUCCUGGAUGUGUAACAUUUAAUGAUUUUUAUGUUUUUAAAGAAAAGAAACCAGCUACUAGUUAUACAUAAUUUGCAAAUACAAUUACUCAUGAAAUGGCUCAUCAUUGGUUUGGAGAUUUUGUUACAAUGAAAUGGUGGAAUGAUUUAUGGUUGAAUGAAAGUUAUGCAGAUUUCAUAUCUCAUUUUUGUUUAGAAAAUAUUUAAAUAGAAUCAAUUAAAUUAUCGAAUAUUCCUGUAAUGUUUAAUUAAAGAAAAGGAUGGGGAUACAGAGAAGAUUAAAUGGUAACUACACAUCCAAUAGCUGGUUAAGUUAUUAAUACAGAGGUGGCAGAAAAUAUAUUUGAUGGAAUUACAUAUUCUAAAGGUGCUUCAGUAAUGAAAUAAUUGAUGUGUAUAAUGGGUGCAGAAAAAUUCGGAGAAGCUUGUGGAGCAUAUUUUAAAGAAUUUGGAUGGAAGAAUGCUGUUUUAUAAGAUUUAAUUGAUCAUUUAUAAAAGAAAUUCAAUAAUCCUGAAUUUACAUUAUCAUAAUGGAAAUAAUAAUGGAUUGAAACUGCUGGUAUGAAUGAAAUUGAACCUUAAUGGGAUUAAACAGCUAGAUCUCAUGAAGCAAAAUUAAUAAUUUAUUAAAGACCUGCUUUAAGUUAAUAUCCUACAUUAAGAAUUCAUAAAAUAAAAAUAGGUUUAUUCCGUGAAGAUGGUGGUAUAGAUCAUAUUGAUACAGUAUUAAAAGCCACAGAAGAAAAUGUUGUUACUUAUAAUGGAAGUAAAGGAUAUAGAGCAGUAUUAUUAAAUUAUGAGGAUUAAUCAUUUGUAAAGGUACUUUUAGAUUAAGAAUCUACAAAAUAUUUUAGUUAAAAUUUACAAUCUGUUGAAGAUGUUUUAACAAGAACUUUGAUUUAUAGAGCUUUAUUUGAUAGUGUAAGAGAUGGUAAAAUAUGUUCAGAAGAGUAUGUUGAUUUCUUAUUGGCAUAAUUACCAAGAGAGAAUUCAGAUGAAAUUUUGAAUUCUUAAUUACUUUAUUUAUAAGCUGCUAUUGGAUCUAUGACACCAAGAAGGUAAAAUAUAAUUUAUAUAGUAUUAGAUUCAAAAAGAAUCUUGGAAGAAAAGUCUUUGAAUUCCUUUUAAAAUAAUUAAUUAAAGUUAGUAAAUUGCAAGGAUAAGAAAAUAGAUUAAUAUUAUUGAGAAAUAAUUUAUCAUCAUUUGCUUAUGAUAAUAGAUGCAUCAAUGAUUUAUUGAGUUGGUUCUAAGGUUAAAAUGAAGAACUUAAAUAAAUUGAAUGUACAAAAGAUAAUAAAUGGGCAAUUGUCAAAUUAGUCUAUGCUUCUAAAUACUAUGAUAAUAAUGUAGAAUUAAGAUAAGAAAUUCUUUAAAAGAUGUUAUAAAUUGAUAAUUCUGAUGCUGCUACUAGAGCUUAAUUAAAAUGUUAAGCUCUAAUUGCUAAUGAAUAAGAGAGAGCUGCUCUAUGGGAGAAAUUCAUUGAUCCAAAUAAUAAAGAAUCUACAAAAUUAAUCGCAGAAUCUAUGGGUGGAUUCAAUAAUGAAAGACGUUAUUCAAUGGUUGAACCAUAUUAAGAUAAAUUCUUUGAAGUCAUUAUUUAAGUAUUCUAAACUAAAAGUAAUGAUUUCAGCAAAACAUUUUAUGACUACUUAUUCCCAAUUACUGAUGAUUUGGCCAGUCUUUGUAAUGUAUCUAUAUAUAUUAAUAAUAUUUUAUAGAAACUUGAAAAAUUGAGAGUUGCUAUUCCUCAAGAUUUGAUUACUCUAAAAAUUUAAGUUGAAAAAUCUCUUGAUUCAGUUAAGAGAUAAGUUAAAUAAUUUGAAUGUUUCUGUAGCUAAGCUAAAUUAGCUACUUAAUAACAAUAGAAAGAAGAAAUUGAAGAAUGAGAUAUAACAGAU